CUUGCCCGACCCACCUCAACUCCUACUCCCUCACCCUACUGCACGACCGGCUCUCGUCCCGCUCGGACUUUCGAUUCAGACCGCCCCUCCCUCCAAAUAUUGCCGGCUUCGCUGUUCUUCUUUUUCAAGGGUGUUGUCGAAAAUUGAGCGGCUCGAUCCUACCACUGCACUAAGACCCUGUUGGAUUCUUGUCAACAACACCGAUUCCCUUUCCCUCCAUCAUCUUCUCACACGAGCUUGCCUUGCCUUUCGGGAUUCCCACCUCUCCAGUCCCUCACCAAUUCCCAAAGGUUAAAGAAACUCACCUCCUGCAGUUCUUCCCCCGCCUAACCACCGGCCCUCACAAUGUCUGCCAAAUCCAUCUUCGAAGCCGAUGGCAAGGCCAUCCUCAACUACCACCUCACUCGCGCUCCCGUCAUCAAGCCUACUCCUCUCCCCGCCUCGUCAACACACAACCCUCCUCCCAAGCUAGCUUCCCUCUACUUCGCUGCUGAUGCCGACGUCAAGGGCGUCCUUGACCAGGCCGAGGCCACAUACCCAUGGUUGCUCACCGCGGGCUCCAAGUUCGUUGCAAAGCCAGAUCAAUUGAUCAAGAGGCGAGGAAAGAGCGGUCUUCUGUGCCUGAACAAGACAUGGCCAGAGGCACGCGAGUGGAUCGAGGCCAGGGCAGGAAAGCCCGUGAAGGUUGAGACUGUCGAUGGUGUUCUGAGGCAGUUCUUGGUUGAGCCUUUCGUCCCUCACUCCCAAGAUACCGAAUACUACAUCAACAUCAACUCCGUCCGAGAGGGUGACUGGAUCCUCUUCACCCACGAGGGUGGUGUCGAUGUCGGUGACGUCGAUGAGAAGGCUGAGAAGCUUCUCAUCCCCGUCGACCUCAAGGAGUACCCCUCCAACGAGGAGAUCGCUUCCACUCUCCUGAAGAAGGUUCCCCAGGGUGUUCACAACGUCCUUGUCGACUUCAUCUCCCGGUUAUACGCCGUCUACGUCGACUCCCAGUUCACUUACCUCGAGAUCAAUCCUCUCGUCGUCAUCCCCAAUGCCGAUGCCACCUCCGCAGAGGUUCACUUCCUCGAUCUUGCUGCCAAGCUCGACCAGACUGCUGAGUUCGAGUGCGGUGCCAAAUGGGCUAUUGCCCGCAGCGCACAGAACCUUGGCAUACCCGUUGCUCCUUCAAAGGAUGCUAAGACCACCAUCGACGUCGGCCCUCCCAUGGAGUUCCCCGCUCCUUUCGGUCGUGAGUUGAGCAAGGAGGAGGCCUACAUCGCCGAGAUGGACGCCAAGACUGGUGCUUCGCUCAAGCUCACCAUCCUCAACUCUACCGGACGUGUCUGGACCCUCGUCGCUGGUGGUGGUGCCUCCGUCGUGUACGCUGAUGCCAUUGCCUCUGCUGGCUUCGCCAGCGAGCUUGCCAACUACGGCGAGUACUCUGGUGCUCCCACCGAGACCCAGACCUUCCACUACGCCCGCACAGUCCUCGACCUCAUGCUCCGCGCUCCUCAGCAUGCCGAAGGCAAGGUCCUCUUCAUUGGCGGUGGUAUUGCCAACUUUACAAACGUUGCCUCCACCUUCAAGGGUGUCAUCCGCGCUCUCAGGGAGGUCGCUCCUCUCCUCAUCGAGCAUAAGGUCCAGAUCUGGAUCCGCCGUGCCGGUCCCAACUACCAGGAGGGUCUUAAGAACAUCAAGAGCGUCGGCAUCGAGCUCGGUCUUGACAUGCACGUCUACGGACCCGAGAUGCACGUCUCCGGCAUCGUGCCGUUGGCGCUCAUCCCCGGCAAGACGACCGACAUCAAGGAGUUCUCUGGUUAAAAAUCUGCAUGUAAAACAGGUGUUCGUCGGGCAGCGCGUACGAUGUCGAGUUUCUCCAAAUACCAUUUAUUGAGAGCUACGACUUCUUGGUUGGUUGGGUUGGUCGGGUUGGUCCACAAGGUUAGACAAAUACUGCGGCCUAUGAUUUGAUUUGUGGCUGGCUCUUAUGUCGGGUUGUCGUCACGGCGAAGAUUCCCUCAUGUCUAGACUUUUGCCUGUAUUUCUGUGCAAAUCCCAUCGGCGCAGUGAAUUUAUAAGAAUUUAAUACCUCACCAAAAUCAUGUUUCUCAUUGCUAUCGUGAUGUUUCCACUACUGAUCACUAUGGAAUAACUCAGUUCGAUCUCGUAGGUGGUCUUGUCCUAGAAAUGUAGAUCAUAGGCGACAAGCAGUUACCAAAAUC